UUCAUUUACAUUUACAUGACAUGUUAGUUCAAAAUAAAAAUAUUUUGAUAGUUUUAUAAUAAUAAAUGUCUUAGUUUUAUUUGUAUUACAUAUUUAAAUUAAUAUUUUAUCGUUUAAAAUCAAAUAAAAUUUAGGGCCAUGGAAAACUAUAAAGACGUUCAUUUCUUUCAUACAACUUCCCAGGGCAAUAUUUAUACAAUGGUUGAAUUACCUCUGCCAAAUGGAUCAACUAAACUCUUGGUAGCUUCUCUAAAAAGAGAAAUAUUUUGUUUUGAAUUUCAAGAAUCACCUUCUGGUUCACUUAUUCCCUCUAGCAAAGAAGUUUCUUUCACAUAUAUACCUAAUGGCGCUGAGAUUAUUUCUAUGGAUGCCUUUAAUAGGUCAACGACUGGCAUUGAGUUCGUUAUUGGAAUCACGAUAAUUAAGAAUAGUAGUGAUGCAGAAGGACGUCUAGAUACUUACCUAAAUAUUUACUCAGGGGAGGAAACAGAAGAACUGAACAUUGAAAAUAUAGCCCAAAGUUGUCUCAAUGUCGAACUUAGUUUUAUUCCUUACAAACUGUUACACAUGUACUUGGUAACUUUCGAUGAAGACAAAAUAAUAAAUAAAGAGGUGGUUUUUGUUUUAUCCGGUAGCGACAAUCAAAUACAUAUAUUUAGGGAAAACAAUGAGGAACACAAUUACAAAGAAAUAGACAAUCAAGAAUAUUUUCCGGAAUUUACUAAAACCCCAAGUCCCGUGAUUUGGAUAGAUGUGUAUUAUACUCAAGAUUUUUCAGAACGAAUAACUGCAUUCGCUUGUGAGUGUGGUUACAUCAAAUUAAUGAAGAUAGAUGUGAAAACUAACAAAGUGGUUUAUAAUUUCUCAACUAGAUUUGGAAAUUAUGUUUCUCAAGUUCAUAUUAGUCCGGAGAAAGAUCCUCCGCCUGAAGGCCUUAAACUACUCACGAAGACUGGUUUUAGAGACAAAAGACUUAAUUUAGUGGUCGUAAAUACUAUAUUGCCCUGUCUUAUAUUUCAUGAUGUGUUAGAAUAUGGACUUACUAAUUAUUCAACUUUACCAAGAUUGAGUAGUAUCAGUAUGCUAACAUGUUGUGAGGUUAACGACAUCGAUUUUGAUGGUAAAAAAGAAAUUCUAGUGGGAACCAAUUCAGAGGAAAUAUUGCUAUAUAAACGAGAUUUGGAAAAUGUUUGGUGGUUAGAAGAAAUAAAGAAAGUGACUGGUCCCGUAUUGGGAAUUAAAUGUAUAGAUAUGACAGGAGAUGGUAUCAAAGAUUUAGUUAUUCAAUCAAUGAGGGGAGUACAAGUUUUACAGCAUGAUCAACAUUUUCUUCAAAAAAUUUUGCAGAACAAAAUCGAUAAUCUAACAGUUCCUUCAAUUUCCGAAUUAAACGUGGAAUGAACAAAGUUAUAUUUUUGAAUAUAUAUUAUGUGUUCCAAAUAGAA